UGGGUCUCGGACCAGCAGACUACUACACCCUGAUGGCGGUAGAGGUUACUAACGCACACUAAGGCAUCGGGAAGGGUGUUGUCUGCACAAACCUCCUUAGAAUAGUGACGUGUGUGACCAAACAGAAGCGUGACAGGUGGUCUUAGCGGAGGUGUGAACAUGAAACCGGGAGCGUAACUGUAAGCCCGCCCGCGCUCGCUCUGUGAAUGUCCUUCAAUGAAUUGUUGAUGUAAGGUUAUGGGGAGCCGCCAGUCCGGCCACAGCACCACGGGUGCAUUAUGCGCUGCCAAGCCUUCUCAGAGUCAUUCCCUCGAUGCCAGCCAACCCCCCGACGCGGCCGGCGCUGCCGACCAGAGGGAACUUUCAGAAACGCCGGGUGCAGCUAGUAGCGGCGCUGGGGGCGAGGUUCCAGCUGAUGCCGCCGUCAGUUCUGAGAUUCCCUCGGUCGUAGUUGUAGAGCCAACCUCUAGAAGUAUAGAAGAAAUACACUUAGAACCACAAGUAUGUGAAAUCAGAGUGCAGCCGCCGACGCCGGUCAAAACGCCUUCAGAAGCACCUCAGUUGGAGACGGAGGCCAGCUCGGCGCCCAGCGCACCCCCGCUGCCCGACGACACCACUCCCAGCAGCGCAUCUCCUGCCACGACGCCGAAACCGGAACCGGCGCCGACAGGCCACACAUCGAAUGCAGACAGCACCGACUCGGCGGAGAGACGCCCCUUCCGGCCGUCGGCACCGGAUCUCCCGUCGUACGAAGAUGCUGUCAUCGCCUCUUUGACGCCUGAAGCCGGGGGCGAUUCUCGAACUCCGAAGGCCCCCGGUGCGGCCCCGAAGCCGUCGGCGCUUCCGCGGGUGCGAGAUGUGCGUGUGGGCGUGAACCUCGUCCGUGCAGCGGGCAAGUUGCUGACCUUCUUGGCCACCGUGGAUGCCCAUCCCGCCUUGUACAGCGGGCCUUUGGUGAAGGCCGCGCUGCGCAGGUACGAGCGACUUUGGCUGCCUCUGGCCGCGAAAGGGGAAUGCGAGGGUGCGGCGCCCCCUCUCGACGUACAUGGGUGUGGCGGGUGCCAGCGGGCCCCCUCACAUUAUCACCAGACUGUCAGCCCCAGCGGGGCCACGCCCUGGGAACCGGUACCCGAGGAGGCGUGGACCUCCCCUCGGGGACCCUACGCAGAGGAAGGCGCUGUCAAGGACGCCGAGAAGGACUCCAAGAUCUCUUACGACCUGCGGACGGCCGUUGAGAGGCAGAGCGUAUUUUAUUACCAGGUGUCCCUCCCACAUUACCGUAAUAAGGGCUUUCUGCGACGAAGCGAACGCCGCUACAGACAGUUCCUUGCGCUCAAGAAACUCCAUCCGGACAAGUUCCUCGUUCCGUGCUACGACAUGGAUGUGAUUUGGCACGCACAUCAG